CAUGAGGUCAAAGCCAGGCCAUACUCUGUGUUAUUGAAGUUGAACAUAGUAAUGGCGGCAGAAUGUCUUGCUUAAGCGUGUUGUGUUGUGUUUUAGCCAUAAUUUCUACAUUAUAUGGUUUUCCACUUCUGUCUCAAGAUUUUAAUACAAGUUUGGUGUUAUUUAAAUGUAGAUGUUUACCGAUACAUAAAUGUGAUGAAUUAGAUUACUGUGAAACUAACAUAGAAUGUUAUUCUGCAAAGACAAAGGCUGAUGGAAGGAUACAAGAGAGUAAAGGCUGUUUUGGCCGUGAUGACAGCAGUAAGAUGUCAUGUCACAGUAAAAAUCAUGUUGGUGCUGUACGAUGCUGUCAAGGAAACUGGUGUAAUGAAGACAUGACAGCCACUCUAGCACCUACACCCAGAAAAAGAGAUGAGACGUAUUCUUCGCCUGAUGUUCUUGUUACCCAUCUGCCAUUGAUAUUAGCUGUUAUUAUUCCUAUAAUAAUAGUAGCCAUACUAAUUCCAAUCAUCGUUGUUGCUUGUCGAUGCCUCCACAAACGACGAAUGGAUGAACUCUUUCAGCGUGAGAGAAGUCUCCUGGAAGAAGAAGAUGGCAUACGAGCAACCCAAGUAGGGGAGAGUACUCUUCAAGAAAUAUUAGAACAAUCGUGUACAUCAGGAAGUGGUUCUGGUCUACCAUUUUUGGUCCAGCAGACUGUAGCUAGACAAGUCCGACUUCAUGAUUGCAUAGGUAAAGGGAGAUAUGGAGAAGUAUGGAAGGGUUGUUACCAUGAUGAAAAUGUAGCCGUUAAAAUAUUCUCAUCACGUGACGAGGCCAGUUGGUCCAGAGAAACGCAAAUCUACAAUACUUGUUUACUGCGACAUGAAAACAUCCUUGGCUAUUAUGCUUCAGACAUGACCUCACGUAAUUCUUGCACACAACUUUGGUUGAUAACUCAUUAUCAUCAUAAUGGAUCUCUUUACGAUUACCUUAUUAACCAUAUUCUUAAUCAUGAACAAAUGGUAACACUAGCCCUUACUGCCGCAGCUGGCCUCGUCCACCUUCAUACCGAGAUAGUUGGUAACCAUGGAAAACCUGCCAUAGCCCAUAGAGACAUUAAAUCAAAAAAUAUUUUGGUCAAAGCGAACGGAGAAGCCUGCAUUGGUGAUUUAGGACUUGCCGUAACCCACACACAAGAAGACAAUAAAUUGGAUUUUGGACAUAAUAAUAAAGUAGGAACCAAACGUUACAUGGCACCAGAACUAUUGGAGGAAACUUUAAAUCCACAUUUCUUUGAUUCCUUUAAAUGUGUGGAUGUUUAUGCGUUUGGUUUAGUUUUAUGGGAGAUUAGCAGACGUUGUGUAACAGGAGGUUUUGCCGAAGAAUAUCACAUACCCUACUGGGAUAUGGUGCCCAGUGAUCCUAGUUAUGAAGAUAUGAAAAAAGUGAUUGUCACAGAUCAUCAAAGACCGAGUAUACCCAAUAGAUGGGCUUCAGAUGAGAUUUUAAUGCAUAUGGCUAAAUUAAUGAAAGAAUGCUGGGCACAGAAUCCAAAAGCUCGUCUUCCAAUGUUGCGUGUGAAGAAAACACUUGGAUCUCUUUUAGCAAAAGCAGAAAAAUUGAAUGAUGAAAAGAUAAAAAUUGCACCAACAGACAUUCUUAAAACUGAAAAAUCAGAGCCUUUAAAGAUAGACAAUUUUUCAAAUGAUGUGAGCACGAACAAUAACAACACGGUGAACAAUAACAAUAUAAACAUACACACACCAUCCAAUACACCACAGGAAAACAAUAACAGUAACAAUAUAACAAUUAUAAUGAACAAUAACAAUACCGAGAGUAACAGUAUAUGUUAAUAGUGACAAGUGGUUGUGAUAUAAAUGUUGUGUGUAUAUAUAGUGUGGGGUAUUGUUUUAAACGUGAAUUAUAACGAAUCCGCUACAAUAUGGUGAGGAUUAAUAGUGUGUUACAUUGUAUAUGUGAAUGUUCCAGGAGUAACAAUGUUAAAAAAGUUGUCUAUUUAAGUUAUAAAAAUGUCAACUCCACGUACACAAUGAUUAUGCAUUUCAUAAAGUGAUGCCCGGAAAUUUAAAACAGAAGUGCUGAAGAGUAACAAAUAUACAUUUUUGCAAUGUAUUUAAGUCAUACAGACUUUGUCAUAAAUUAUCCAAAGAGUAAUGAAGAUUUUUACAUUGUACUUCAUCAUACUAGACAAGAACUGACAUCACAAUUCCAAGAUGACUGCAAUGAUGUCAUGCUUCCUGUGGCUGCAAUGAGAUCAUGCUCGGUUCCUGGUCCUCACUUCAGUACGCUCAUACUUGUUAAAUUCUGUUACUUUUAUCGUUACGUAUCAAUGGACAAGUUAACGAUGUUCAGACCAUGACAUUUAAAACCUAUGAUAUGUGGAAUGUGGUUGUAACAUACAGGACAGUUUUAGGUUGUGCAGAGAAGUGUAUUGAGAUAUAAAUAUAGAAGCAGCAGUUACUUCAUAUAAAGAAAAGUUUUGCUUUCAUGUAGAUUUUUUGUAUAGUGCUGAUCUGCCUUUUUGCUACAUGUUAAGUGUUUUAUUUUGUGGUAGUCAUGUUCAGUUUAAAAUGUGAAUCAAGUAGAUUUGGAUUUUAAGAAUUAUAAUAUUUUAAAAUUAAUAAUUGGCUCAUUCAUAAUUCUACUUGAAGGGCCAAUCUCAAUUAUAUUUUGGAGAAUACAACUGCUUAAUUUUGUGUUAAAAGCCCUUAAAAUCCUCUACCUUACGGCCAAGCAACUAAUUCAAUAUAGGUGAUACAUUUUCAAACAACUUAAACCCCUCCAUCUUCAUCUAGAAAUUGAGAGAGGUGUUCCAAUCUGUAUUAUACUGUGUCUGGAUAAAACUAAACUUUUAUUAUAUAAAAAUAACGUGUAGGUGAAAUUUACCUUUCGUUAUCAAGUACAGCACAUGAGUCAAGCACUGUAUAGACCUCUAAAGGAAUGGAAAUAGAUUAUCAGGUCACCCAACGAAAAAAUUGACCAAUAUCUUAUAAGCGGUUUUGACAUUCACGUCCAGACGACUCAAUAUUUUAAGCUGAAAUUUUGAGACAGGGUAAAUACACCAUUCCUCUAUAUUUUGGCGCUUAAUUAAAUUUGAUACGUACACAGACUUUAUUUCUGUGACUCUGUUAAAAUAUUUUCUCUAUAAAAUUAGAUUUAAUGCGUGAACUUGAUACUGUAUGUAGACUGAAAAAUGUAGACAACUUCAUGUGGAUAGAAAUUGAAUUAAAAAUGUUAUGCCUCUACGAUUUUGUCUGCUCUCAGGCCAAUUUUUUGAAUUAAAAUCUACUUGUCAUAUCUCUAAUUAUCGUUGAGUGGAUUUUAAACCGCAAUGCUCUCUAUACUGAUUAUUGAUGUACAUGUAAAUACAAUGUAUAUGAAAUGAAUUCCAUAUUGAUUUAUCACAUACAGCUGAAAACUAAGAAUUUAAAUAAAAAUAUAAAGUAAGUCUUAUCAAGAAUGUAAUUUUCUUGUAAAUAUCAUUAAAUAAAUGUAUAAAUAAGAUGUAUAUAUUGUAAAGAUCAUUAAUUAUAUGAGGCAUCACUUCAGUAAAGUGAUGAUUUUAUUUAGAAUUUGUAGAAAGGGUUGUUUUAAUUUUACACUGUAUAAUUGAAUGAAUGUGAGAAUCUGAGAUGUUGUUACUAUGCCCAUAUUCUACUGUGUAUACCAUGGUUGUUUCACAUUAUUGGCAAAUUAAAGCAUUUUUGUUUCUUUUUUUUUUAAAAAAAAUGACUUUUAUACAGUGGUAGUUGAAGUUGUAAUUGGCAUCUAUUGUUUACCAUUACAGCCGCCACAAAUAAAUUCCUUUGUUUACCAAAUGUAAAGUUGUGUGAUUUUAGUAGAAUUUCUGUCGAUUACAUCCAGGAUUAUUUCUCAAUUACGAACAUGUAAGGAAAUAGUGAUUGAUGUAAAUAGAAGGAUCUGCUGAUCACCAACCCAACAUGUAGAGUGUGGGUACACUGUAUGUCAGCUAAAUCCAAACAUGUAGAGUGUGGGUACACUGUAUGUCAGCUCCAUCCAAACAUGUAGAGUGUGGGUACACUGUAUGUCAGCUCCAUCCAAACAUGUAGAGUGUGGGUACACUGUAUGUCAGCUCCAUCCAAACAUGUAGAGUGUGGGUACACUGUAUGUCUGCUAUAUACAAGUAUGUGUGAAGUAUGUGAGUGUUAUCUGUCUCAUAGAAUGAAAGAAAAAUUAGUAGUUAUUUAUUUUAAUUCAUCGUUCAAUUUUAUGCCAAAACAUAAAAUUACACUUGUGUACAAGUAGGACUUAAUCUAUUUUCUAGUAUUUUUGGUUCAAGCUGUAUAUACAUGUAAUGUUUCUUUGGCUUGAACUUAACAUUAAAUUUAAUCAAAUAUGUUCACCCUCAUCCCAUACAUCAUUCCUUCAUUAACCGUGUCAGAUAAAUUUGGUACGGUUUCAAAACACGAGAAUUAUUACAAUGUUUUUAUAUGUCAGAUGGUAGCAUAUUAAAGAUGGCCUUAAUAGAUUUUCAAGAUUUUUGUGCCAUUUUAUUGUACUUAAAAACUUAAAUUUAUAUUGUGAAUGAAAUACAUCUAAUUCUAGGAAUCAAAAACAUUAAAAAUUAUAUGAAUAAAGUUACUUAAUAUACAUAUAUGAUUGAAUGGAUUUCGAUGUUCUGUCAAAUGAAAUAAUUGUUAGAUAGAAUCUGUACUAUCAUGAUUAUUAUAUUGUUUAGUAAAUUAAUAAAGAAUAAUUUAUUGAAAUAGA